AUGAAGGUGAUCCUCACGGGAUGUACUGGCUUCGUGGGAGGCGAAGUCCUGCGACAAUGCAUUCAGAACCCUUCCAUAUCAUCGAUUGUGGUACUUUCUCGCAGGCAGCUUUCCGGACCGAUUGCGCAAAACCCCAAGGUUGCCGUGAAGAUCAUGCAAGACUUCCUCGUAUAUCCCGAGUCGCUGAUGCAGGAUCUCCACGGCGCAGAAGCAUGUAUUUGGGCACUAGGCAAGCCCAGCAUGUUAGACCUGGACAUGUAUCGAAAAAUCAACGUCGAGUACACCAUGGCAGCGGUUGGAGCAUUCAGCGAGUAUCGCACGGCGACUGGAGCAAACGCCAAACCAUUCCGGUUCAUCUACUGCAGUGGUGUUGCGGCAGUGCGUGAUCAGGAAACGACACUAUGGCUUCUGCCAGGAAUGAGACGCAUCCGGGGCCAAAUCGAGAAUGAACUGGUGGCGUAUCAGGAGAAUCAUCCUGAUACAAUGCACACAUAUAUUGUGCGCCCGGCGAUGAUUCUGUCUCCGAAUACAACUCUUCACAGUUUGGUAUUUGGGAUGGUUGCGUCUAUCAAGGUCAAUGUCCUGGCGAAAGUCAUGGUGGACCUCGCCUUGAAUGGGAGUGAAGAGCAGAUAUGGGAGAACUCGGCCAUGAUCGCAACAGCUCAAAGGUAG